AACACAUAAAAUAAAGUAAACCACCCAGUCCAUCCGUCCGUCUUCCGUCCGUUAAUUCAUCUUGAGUGGACGUACAAAAGACCAGUCAUCCGAUUAUCCCUCCGUUACUCACUCAUCUCCGGCCCCACCCCUGAGUGAAAAGAAUGAAGAAAACUGGGUUUUCGAUGGCUGGCUUCGAGUGUUGGUUCAGAUUAAGAAGCAGUUGACUCUAAGACAUCUGUUUCUUGGUAGUGAGAUUGGAGAGAGCAUCACCAAAAUUAAAAUCCGAACUUCCCCGCUCAAAUCCAAAGCUCAGUCCCAUAUAUAUAUCUCUCCCACGUCCAAUCCGCCAUGAAAAAGUAGAAGAAGAGCAUCACAAUCACCAUCAGUCCAUUUGUGCAAAGCACAAACUGGAAAACCCACAAUACCCAUGUCCCAUUCCCAAAUGAUCCUUCUAAUCCUACUCUCACUCCUUUCUUCGUUAUCUUCAUCUUCUUCAUCUUCAAACCCAUUUCUCAAACCUCCACCUAUUCCUAUUUUGCCCCUCCCUUCUGCUUCCCAGCUCCAAUGGCAGCUCGGCCACAUGGCCCUCUUCCUCCACUUUGGCCCCAACACUUUUACAGACUCCGAGUGGGGCACUGGACGCGUUGACCCCUACAUCUUCGACCCCUACAACCUCGAUCCAUCUCAGUGGGUUCGUGUCGCCAAGGAAUCUGGCUUUUCUCGAGUGAUACUCACCGCCAAGCACCACGAUGGGUUCUGCCUAUGGCCCUCCAAGUACACCGAUUACUCUGUGCGCUCUAGCCCCUGGAGAAAUGGAACUGGUGAUGUUGUCGCGGAACUGGCUAAGGCUGCUAUGGACGCAGGCAUUGGAUUGGGUCUAUAUCUUUCGCCGUGGGAUCGGCACGAGGCGUGUUAUGGGAAGACUUUGGAUUAUAAUGAGUUCUACAUGGGGCAGAUGACUGAGUUGCUCACAAGGUAUGGCGACAUUAAGGAGGUGUGGUUGGAUGGUGCGAAAGGGGAAGAGGAGAAGGACAUGGAGUAUUUCUUUGAUACUUGGUUUAGUCUCAUUCAUCAGCUCCAGCCUGGGGCUGUAAUUUUUUCUGAUGCUGGUCCUGAUACCAGGUGGAUUGGGGAUGAGGCUGGUGUUGGGGGGUCUACUUGCUGGUCACUUUUCAAUCGAAGUGCUGUCAAGAUUGGUGACACUAAUGCUAAGUACGCUAUGGAAGGAGAUCCACUUGGUCAUGAGUGGGUACCUGCUGAGUGUGAUGUCUCAAUUAGGCCUGGUUGGUUUUGGCAUGCGUCAGAAGUUCCCAAAUCUGCGAGAACUCUUCUUGACAUAUACUACAAGUCAGUUGGCAGAAACUGUCUCUUGUUGCUAAAUGUGCCCCCAAACUCCUCGGGUCUUAUAUCAGCUGAAGACAUACAGGUGCUUCAAGAAUUCAGUGAUCUCCGGAGGUCCAUUUUCUCCCAUAAUAUUGCUUUUAAUGCUCUUGUUAAUGCUAGCAGUACCCGGGGAGGAAAUAGCGAUUCUCAUUUCAACCCCCAGAACGUCCUCAAAGAAAGUAUUUACUCCUAUUGGGCCCCUGAGGAGAAUCAAACUGACUGGGUCUUAUAUUUAAACCUUCAAGAAUUAGUAUCUUUCAAUGUUCUGCAAGUUCAAGAACCAAUUCACAUGGGACAGCGGAUUAUCAAAUUUCACCUUGACAUCUUGACGAAAGAUAGGCAGUGGAAGAAAUUGAUCAAUGGCACUACAGUGGGAUAUCAGAGGCUGUUGCAGUUCCCGACCACAAAAUCUCAGUACUUGAGGUUUGUUAUCGAUAGGUCUCGAGCAGAUCCACUUAUUUCAUAUUUUGGAAUUUUUAUGGAUGAAUAUUCCAUUGUGAAUAACAUAUCCAAUACAAGCACAGGAGUACAUCUCAAUGGCAGUCAAGUUAUUCAGCAGAUCACAUACAACCAUUCUCAUAUAUUGUCAGCCUCAUAGAAUUACAUUCCUCGAGGGUUAUGUUUGAGUAUCUCAAUCAGGCACUUUAUCCUACAAAUAGUCACAUACAGCAGAAACAAAUGUCGAAGCUUUUGCAAAAUGAUUCGAAGAUGAGGCAAGCAAAUAAUGAGGAAUCUUUGUAAAUGACACAAUGGUUUUGCAACUUAGAUUCCUUUAGUCUCUCUCGCAUUCUUCUGCAAGGUUUUCUUGGCCAUCUCAGCUUUUUGCCAUAUCAACAGAACGACGUCUAAACCUCUAGUUGAGAUACAACCGCACUCAGCACCCCAAUAGUAGAUAAGCAGACUUCUGCUGCUGUUGCUGCGAACGCUGAAACCAUGAAAACGCUAGCAGCCAGACCAACUAAUGGCCUUUCACUGUCACAGUUGUCUCCAAGUUUCAAAUCUCUCCUGUUGAUAUGUUUUGUAGUAGAGAAUUGUUAUAAAAAUAAACUCAAAAACUGAUAUAAUAAAUACAUUAGAUCUAAUGUACAGGGAGAUUGCUGCUUAUCAAUA